AUGUCUGCAAAUAUCACUGAACGUUGUAUAAUAUUUGGUACUGCAUUAUACGUUUAUACCAGACUGAUUAGAGCAUUUGCAACCAGUGAAAUUGGAAAAAUCGAAGGUUUAAAUUUGAUAAUCUUAUCAAUAUGGACUUGGUGCACACAUUCGAUUGGAUCUCCUGUUUCAAAUAAGGAUGAGAAGAUUUCACAUAAAUUAUGGGGGACUGAUGAAAAAUGUUAUAGGUUUGAAUUUUCAAUUCAAUAA